AUGUACAUUAGCGGUAGCUGCCACCCAUCUGCCGCACCAGUUGUCUGGACUUUGCCCACCGCGCUGCCUGCGGCGCCAGCAGGACCCAGGGCGACGCGCCUGAGUCAUGGGGUAUUCGACGAAGGUCCCGAAGUCCAAGCAGUAGUAAAUAUUGAUCAACUCUCCUUCGCAAGCAUUGCCUUGGGUCAGGAGGUUGAACAAAAUUUCAGCUUGGUCUUGGAACAGCUUGGGUUGGAAUUCGAACGAAACCAGGUCUUCAAACGCACCACGGAAGGUUUAUGGCAGAUAACCGACGAGUUCAACAACAAACUCAAGCAGCGCCGGGAGCUUUUCGAAGCUCUUCAAAAAAACCCUGACAUGGACUGCAGCAGAUCUUCACACGACACCUACAUGCGAGAGUUGCUGCGGGCUGCGCAGUCGACGAGCGACAGGAAAAGACGUGCCAGUGCGAUCAUGGGCGUGAAGCCUUGGUCAAAACAAGUGAACGCGUUCGAGGUCGACUUCGUUGUUUCCGGGCCAAAGGGCGAUUGUGAACCUAUGGCGAUCCCCAUCCAACUUGCUCGGAUGGAGGACCCCCCGGCAGUUGAUUGGACACAGAUCCGGACUCUUUGCCAGAAUGGUGCGCUGAUAGAAGUAAUUGCCCAGCCUUGGCAGCAACACAAACGCGAAAGCUGUGCAUGGACAUGGUUGGUGGAAGCGCAAACAUGCAAGUUUCCCCGCGGACAGUCUUUGUACUUUUUCAAUGGCUUUGAUGGUGCCAAGCUGGCAAAGCAUACGUGCAUCCACGUAUUCUGGUACAAUAGAAAGCAUCUGCUGUCCUUCCCAACUUCGUUGGAGCGCCUGAGGCGCAGCCUUUGCUGCGACGACAACAUGUGA